AUGCAUCACACAAGUCAGGCGACUCCUCAUGUCGCCGGUGAGGAUGACUACAUCAAACCCCGGACCACGGGGAAGAACAUCACCUUCAUCUUGAUUGCCGGCUUCGGCAGCUUCAUGUUCGGCUACGCCAACAAUGUGGUCACAGGGAGUCUCGCUCAGACCUCUUUCAUCAACAAGUUCCUCAGCGGCAGCGAUGCCGACGCCGUCAUCGGAGGCAUCUUGGGCGGCUUCCUCGGAGGCGCCUUUAUCGGCUCUCUGCUCCAAGGUUGGAUCUCACCGCGGUAUGGCCGCAAGAAGACCACCGCCCUUGCCGCCAUCCUUCUCAUCGUGUCGGGUGCCUUGAUGGCCGGCAGUGUCCACGUUGCCAUGUUCAUCCUUUUCCGCAUCGUCUCAGGAAUCGGUGCGGGCAUUCUGACGUCCAAUUGCCCAACCUACAUGAGCGAGAUCUCGCCACUUCACACUCGAGGUGCCCUCACCGGCACCCACGGCGUCGGAAUCAAUGUUGCGUACACCAUGUCGAGUUCGAUUGCCUUGGGGUUGAACUUUAUCGAUCAUCCAUAUCAAUGGCGUCUUCAAUUCGUCAUCUUCACCUUCUUUUCCAUCUUGCUUCUGCUCUCUUUGUUUCUGAUCCCGGAGUCGCCACGAUGGCUUGUGGAGAAAGAACGUCACGAGGAAGCGCUCGAGACGCUCCGGACCCUCCAUGUCGGCACAGAUGGCCACGGCGAAAGAGUGGUACAAGCGGAAAUGGCGCUGAUCAGGGCGCAGAUAGAAGCCGAGAGCAGCGAGUCGACCAGCUACUGGCAUAUCUUUGCCACGCCGUCGCUCCGAAAGCGAGCCAUCUGCUCCAUCAUGAUCUGGCUUUUGAACAUUGGAUCUGGCGUUCUGGUGAUUGCAAACCUUACCCCCCUCAUCUUCGGUGGUCUUGGUUACGGCCAGACUAUUCAGCUCGGGCUGUCGGUGGUAUGGGUCUUCACCUCAGGAGUCGGAUCCUUUAUCAACGGCUUCCUGCUUGACAGACUUGGUCGACGACCCCUCCUCUUGAUCGGCGGCUUCCUCGUCGGUGCGGUGCUCGUGAUCGAGGCACUCCUCCAGAAGUACUACCUCGGAACGACAAACAAAGCAGGACUCAAUGCCGCCACGGGAAUCUUCUACGCAUAUGUCUUCUUCUGGGCAUCGUUCAUCGACAACACCACAUAUUGCUACAUUCCAGAGAUCUGGCCUACUCAUUUACGCUCGAAAGGCUCUUCCAUCGCCUACUGUGCCUACUAUGCGGUGGCCAUCGCAACUAGCUCCCCGGCUUCUCAGGCUUUCGCCACGAUUGGCUACAAGUACUAUUUCGUCUUCUUGGGUCUCUGCGUCGUCGCCAUCGUCUACAUCUUCUUUGUCUUCCCAGAGACAAAUGGACUCGCACUCGAGGAAAUCGGUGAAAAAUUCGGCGACGUCGUGGAGGUUCACUUCCGGGAUGUCAUUGGCGACAACGACAGCGAGCAGAAUCAAGACAAGGUUGCAGAAUCUCAGAUUGAGACUGCCGGUGAGAAAACGGCAGCAUAA